AUGAUAUCAUUCACAUGGCUUUUCGUAGGACUAUGCGUGGGUCUGCAAGCGUUGCCACCACUACCGGCGACGACCAAUUCGAGCAGUAGUACAUCGACCAUUGGCUUCGACUUCGUCCAAGCACAGCCAGCGGUCUUCAUCACACAAAAUGUCGCUCAAUACCGGGACCAGGACGGCUUGACUUUAGUCCCGCCAUCUGGGAAGGACUUCGCAACGAUUUUCGUUCAAGAACUAUGCAAUAUGACUGGGCAGGUCUGGUCACUCGAAGUCAUUGAUGAGGUGCCAGCAAAUGCCGUCGGAGUAUAUCUGACACAGCUUACUGAUGGAGGGUCAGACCUGAAGUACGAGAAUGGCAGCCCAACAGAAGAGGGAUAUCAGCUCGACGUAACGGAGGCUUCGAUAGUCAUUAGUGGAACAGGUUCACGAGGAGUCUGGUGGGGAACCCGAACUGUUCUGCAGGAGCUGUAUCUGUCAAACUUCACUACGGUCGCUGCCAGAUCGACUAAAGAUGCGCCAGCGUACAAGACGCGCGGCUAUAUGCUCGACGCUGGUAGAAAGUGGUACUCGCCGAGCUUCCUCAAAGACCUGUGCACGUAUGCGAGCUUCUUCAAGAUGUCGGAGUUCCACUAUCAUGUCAGUGACAACUAUCCACUGAACCGAGGACACAACGAGACCUGGCAGGAUAUCUACUCGCAGUUCUCUCUACGACCUGAGAAUCCAGAAUUGCUUGAUGGGCUCAUCGAGCGAGUCAACGAGACCCUCAGCCGUGAAGAAUACGCGGAUCUGGAGCUACACUGUGCAAACCAUGGGAUAGCUGUCAUCCCAGAGAUCGAAGCGCCUGGACACUGCCUGACGAUCACCAAAUGGAAGCCCGAGCUAGCUCUACCAAAGCGGGACCUCCUCAAUCUUUCACAUCCGGACAGCAUUCCAACAGUGAAGCAGAUCUGGGAUGAAUUCCUACCUUGGUUCAACGUCAAAGAGAUUCACAUUGGCGCCGACGAAUACAAUGCCUCCCUCGGAGACGUCUACGUUGGCUUCGUGAAUGAGUUGGCAGACUACGUCAAGACCACCAACAACAAAUCUGUACGCGCCUGGGGCACGCCAUUCGACUCACCGGCCGGCGAAGGCCUCCGCAUAUCUCCCGAUGUUAUCAUCCAGCACUGGCAGCACGGCCAGUCCGACCCUCUGCAACUAGUUGCACAAGGCCACCAAGUCAUCAAUUCAGAGGAUUGGUGGGCCUAUACAUCCAUCAAGUCAGAUCAUAUGCCGAUCCUCCCUGCUAAAUACCCGCAAUUCUUCAACAACUCCCGAAUCCUCAAUUUCGCCGACGAAGAAGGCUGGCAAUGGGAGCCAAGCCUCUUCAAUCAAGUCAAUGUGACCGAUCAGCUCAGCCCGAAUUCCAUCCAGAACAAGGGCGCGAUCAUGGCUUCCUGGAACGACAACGGUCCUGAUGCUUCCACCCAGCUCGAGGCUUACUACAUCUGGCGUCGUGGUAUACCGAUUGUCGCAGCAAGAGCGUGGUCUGGCUCGCGUGGCGCCAAGCUUGAUCCGGAGACAAUCGAUCAGUCUAUCGAUUUCCUAUCCGCGCACGCACCGGGGCAGAACCUCGACCGGACCACUCCAUCUCCUGUCAACGCUUCAGCACCGCUUCUCACCUGGACAGCGCCACCUUCGUCCAGCAAUAUAUACCACCUCAACAAAGGCAGCAAAGGUCUCAACCACACCCUCCACCUCAAGUAUACCGGUCCCUUCACCCUCUCUGGCCCAGACACAAUCCUCGCCCUCGACGGCUCCGGCCACCUGAUCUACACUUCCGACGGAAUUGCUUACCCUCUGCGCUCCGUGUCCGCCACUGAUGGCUUCGAUCCCGGCCAUCCGGGCCGCAUCUGGUGGAAUGGGACCUCGAGUUCACAUGAAGAGGUAGUCCUAAAUACUACUGCUGACUGCAGCGAGGAGCACGAUAUAGUGAUCACGACAACAGCGAUCGAUGGUUCAAGGGUAUGGAUUGACGGGGAAUGGGCAGGGAGGUUCGAGGUGUUUGUUUUUGGGGGGCGGAACACGGUGUUUAGCUGGAACCAGAUGGCGUUUGUGGCGCCACUUGACACAGUAGAGGGGACGGGGUUGAAGGCAUUGAGGGUGUGGGAUGGGGUGAGAGAGGUGGAUGACGUUAGGGGGUGGAAUGAUGAUGGUGCGCCUGUGGUGUACACGCCUGGCAGUGGAAGUUCGAAGUUACGGACGGAGGGAUGGCUCAUGGUGUUGAUCGCGGAACUCCUGGCUUUUGUCGUUAUGGCUCUGUAG